AUGGGAAAACGAAUUAUAGUUGCUUAUGGUCUGUGGGCCAUAGGUGGUCCGCUUGGACUACACCACAUAUACUUGGAACGGGACAGCCAUGCCUUACUUCUGAUGCUUACAUUGGGGGGAUUUGGUGUAGGGUGGAUGUGGGACUUUUGGAAAAUUCCUGGGCUUGUAUUCAAAUUCAACAAACAAGAGCGGAAGAAGACAAAUGAAAUUAAGAAUGGAAUACCAUCUGCAAGUAUCAUUCAGUUCAUGGCACAGGUAACCACUGGCAUUUAUUUUGGUCUAGUUGCUGCCAUUGGACUAUCCACUCUUACAAGUUAUUACGUGUUAGUCCUACCACUUGCAGUUGCUUUAGGAGUACAUCUUGUGGCUUGUGUAGGAGAGAAAACCUCUAAGCUGCAGAAUACAUUGGUAGCUGCAUUUUUGACAUCCCCAAUCUUUUAUGGACGUGCUAUCUCCAUGAUCCCCAUAAGUAUUGCUGCCAGCAUUACUUCUCACCAAAAUCGCCACUACCGACUGCAGCAACGACAGCAUGAAAACCUCAGUCUUCGUCUAUAUCGCAUUGGACUGGCCUACCUAGCCUUCACUGGCCCUCUGGCUUACAGUGCACUGCUUAAUACAAGUCGAACUGUGAGCUAUGUGGCUGAAAGCAUCGGGACCCUCCUUGGUUGGUUGAGCUUUUUCCCCAGUCUCAGUGCACUAAUGGAAAAGAUUCUCCUCCUACCAUACAGGAUUUGGGGGCUGUUUACUGGAGGGGGAGGUUUACAUCACCAGUACUACAAAGAGUGGGAAAAGAUCUAUGAGUUUGUGGCAAGCUUCCAGAAUGAAAAAGAAGAGAUGGCCUGCAAGAUUCUGGGAGUGUCUCCUGAUGCUACCAUUGAUGAAAUAAAUCGCCAUUAUCGGGACUUGGUAAAGCUUUGGCAUCCAGAUCACAAACGACACCGUCCCAUAGAAGCUGAGCAACAUUUUAUUGAAAUACAGACUGCUUAUGAGACACUCACUCGCCUCCUUAAAAUGAAAAUUCAUGCAGACUAA